UCGGCAAGAGUAACAGCUGUUAGAGCCAAACUUCUGUUAUUGCUGUUAGUGACAAACGCGCACUCGAAGAAGAAGCAUCAAAACACGGAUGCCACUAAAAGUAUAAAAUAAAAUAAAAAAUAAAAAACAGCGCCGGCUGACGAAUAAGGUUGACUUUUGGAUCGAAAUGUGUCAUUAAAGAAGCGCCUUCUAGUUUUUAUGUAAUUUAAUAAUCCCUCCAACGGAGUCGAUCCCAAAAUGUUAAAUUAAAAAAAAAAAUAAAGUAGCGGGCAGAAAGCCAGAGAGACGGGAUCGAAACUGCCGCUUCCACGUCGCGCCGCCUCAAGUACCCACAAAACUCUGUAAACUCUGUUCGAAAAACACACAUUUUUCUAAAAUCGACAAGUGCUCCGAGGUCAUCGCUUUAAUGUUUCUGCUGCUCCCGAGGCUGCGGGCUGGUAACUCAUCGUUUUAAUAAAAAAACACAACAAAAUCGGCGGCAAGUUUGGACCGGACUGGAAGCUGGAGUUUGGCGGCCCAUAAAAAGGACAUCCCCCCGGCUGCCCCCUCGGCACUCAACUAAGCCGGACCCCGGCCAACUCAAACUCAAACUGAAACUCAAACCAAACCCGACCAAUUCGACGCCGACGCCAAUUUUAACUACAGUCGUCGGUGGCGCCAGCAGCGAAUAGCGAAUAAUUGAAUCAUAAAGGACGAGGACGGGCCACCGAUUCGGAGCCAGAGCAGGAGCCGGAGCAGGAGCAGGGGCAGGAGCAGCGAGCCAGGAUCAACAAAGCCGAGCAAAUAAUUGCUGUAUAGAACGCGAAACGUGGUCCAGCGUGCUCCGCCCAUUUCGGCGUAUCCGGCAGGAGGAUUGAAAAGGCGGCUGGAGGCAGGAGGCAGGCGGGCAGCUGCAGGGAAAUGACAGCCGUCCUGCUUUAAUUAAAGGCGCCUCUUUUUCGGGAGGAGGCGUGGCGCGUGCUCAGUGCAAUAAAAGGAGCAAAUUGAAACGCAAUGUGGCUGUGGAUGCCGCGGACCGUGGACAACGCAACAAAGUGGACGAAAUUGCUUUUGGAAGAACACGAGAGCACGAGAGGGGCAGGCAUUAAUUUUGAUUAAGCUCACCUGGAGCCUUCGCAUUGUAUUAGCCCUAAAAGUUGGGGCUACGUGCAGCAAUUUGUUGCAAACUUUAGGCCCUUCGAGGAGAUCCUUUGCGGUGGUGUGCAUGAAAUUCCAGCCGGAAAAUAGCAAACAGGAGCUGAAGCAGAAGCAGAAGCAGAAGGCAUCUUGUGGUAGUCGGUUUUGCGUGCCGCAGGCAUUGCAACAGCUACACAUGAACACGUCCCUGUGACAGGAGGAGAGCGAGGAGUGAGGAGAGCGAGAGCGAGAGGGGGCAUAGGACCCUGUCAGGGGACCCGAGGAAAACGGCAUAAUUUCGUCAACUGCAGCCGGGUGAACUGUCGCCUGCAAAACAGCAUUCAACCCACCAUCACAUCACCAGACCACCACCACCACCACUAGCACCUCCACCCAAAGGACACCCCCACAACAGCCACCCAGACUUGCCAGCCAACACAUCAGCAGCAGCCCCGUCAUCGCUGUCACAGUCAGCACUGUCAAGGAGAAGGCACAGAGGAAGAAACCCGAGCAAGAAACAGGACCCAACCCUGGGCGAACACUCCCAACCGAAGCACCAGCCCACUCCCCAGGACCGCCCCGAUGAAUCUGCUGUGCUGCUGUUGUUGCAGUAACAUGGCACCAAACCAGCGCGUCACACGCAAAUGGGAACUGUUUGCCGGACGCAAUAAAUUCUACUGCGAUGGAUUGCUAAUGUCCGCACCCCACACGGGCGUCUUCUACUUGACGUGCAUCCUGAUCACCGGCACCAGUGCGCUCUUCUUUGCCUUCGACUGCCCAUUCCUGGCGGAGCGCAUCAAUCCGGUCAUUCCCAUUGUGGGAGCGAUUCUCUACUUCUUCACCAUGAGUUCCUUGCUGCGCACAACCUUCACGGAUCCCGGCGUCAUACCGCGAGCCUCCAACGACGAGGCCGCCUAUAUCGAAAAGCAAAUUGAGGUGCCAAACUCGCUGAACAGCCCCACAUAUCGACCGCCGCCGAGGACCAAGGAGGUCCUCGUCAAAGGACAGACGGUCAAGCUGAAAUACUGCUUCACGUGCAAAAUCUUCCGGCCGCCGAGGGCCUCGCACUGCAGUCUGUGCGACAACUGCGUGGACCGAUUCGAUCACCACUGUCCCUGGGUGGGAAACUGCGUGGGAAAGCGGAACUAUCGGUUCUUUUAUUUGUUUCUAGUCUCAUUGGCAUUUUUAGCUGUAUUUAUAUUCUCGUGCUCUGUGACGCAUUUAGUUUUAUUGAUGAAAACCGAGCAGGAGGUCUUCGAAGUAAUCAAGAAGGCGCCCUUCACUGUGAUUGUUGUGUUUAUUUGCUUCUUCUCGAUAUGGUCCGUGAUCGGCCUGGCCGGCUUCCACACCUAUCUGACGACGAGCGAUCAGACAACCAACGAGGAUCUCAAGGGAUCCUUCUCCUCCAAAGGCGGUCCCCGCACCCAGAAUCCCUAUUCGCGGGGCAACAUCUGCCUGAACUGCUGUCACAUCCUGUGCGGACCCAUGACACCCUCGCUGAUCGACAGACGCGGCAUCGCCACCGACGAGUUCAUCCAGCAGAUGCAGCACCAGUCGAGCCCGCGGCACGCCCUGAGCGACGUGCUGAGUGCCUCGCACAUGGUCACCACCUCGCAGCCCAUGAUGGGCGGCGGGGCGGGUGGGAUCGGGGGUGCCGGCGGAGGCAUCAGCAUCGGGGGCGCGGAGCUGAAGCCGCGCUUCUACGACGAGUCCAAUCCCUCCUCCUCGACAAUGGAGGGCAAUGGAGGUGCCGCCAACGGCCAUGGGAACGGCUUCGAGCAUCCGCCGCCCAGCUACGACCUCGUCCAAAACGGUAAGUCCCGCAAGCAGCACCAGCAGCGCUGCUCCCUCCAGACCCUGCUGCCCGCCAGCGCCCAGCACCAGUUCAAGGCCAACAAGCACAAGCAGCUCAAGCAGCACCACCAUCUCAAGCAGCAGCUGGUGGCCGCCGAGCUGCAAAUGCAGCAGCAGCAGCACGAGGGGUCCGGCGUGGGGCCGCACUCCCCCUCGCUGCUCCGCUCGCCGGCCACCUCCUCCUCCUACCGGCUGAACCUGAAGCGCUCGCUGCACCUGCCGCUGACGCCGUCGUACGACGAUGUGCGCCACUCGCCGCUGCCGCUACUGCACCACCACGUGCACGCCCAGCAGACCACCGCCAUUGGCAGCGUGGCAGCAGCCGCAGCGGCCGUGGCUUCCGGCGCCAGUGGGGGCGGCGGCGGAGGAGGAGGGUCCUCCUCGUCCACGACAGCACCCACUUCGGUGUCCGCCUCCUUAGCAACGGCUCCCCCGCCGCUGGCGCCGCGACGACCGUCGACGCUGCAGCUGCAGGGCAGCGGAGCCGUCUCGGCCAGCAACAGCACUCUGACCACCAUCCACACCUCGGCGCCCCAGCCGCCGGCACCCACGGACUUCAAGUACUACUCCCCGCAACGCAGCACGGACUCCAACCUGAUGCGCAACUACCCGUUCCCGAAGCAGGGGCGCGCCAUGCGCCGCCAGUCGACCCAGUCGGUGGACUCGCAGAAGGUCAACAUCGCCGGCUACCAGCCGCUGCCCAUGCGGAAGCCCUACAAGCACCAGGAGGUGAUGUUCGAGCUGAAGUCUCCGACCAACCGGCUCACCAUUCGCGAGUGCGACUUUGGCGGUGGCGGUGAACCCUGCGACGACGAUCAGUCGAUCAAGGACAGCCAGAUCUUUCGUGUUAGUAAACGAAAUCUUUAUAUGAAUCACCGGUCGCCGUGGAAGGAGCGCGACCGCUACUCGAAUCUCUACGAGUACUCGUUCAACAUCGAUCUCAAUUCGAUCAUCGAGGAUGCGGCGGGCAGCGACUCGUCAUAGUACGCAGUCCGUAGCCGUAGCUCUGUCCGUAGCUCUGGGAGCCGCCGUCUGCUCCGUUUCCGUUUCCUGUUACUCCUCGAUGGGUUGUUAGGCGCUGUACAUAAGGUGGGGCUUCAGCCAGCCCAUUUCCUACUGCUUCCAAGCUUCUGCUAAGGCAAGGAUUUGAUUUAGGACCUCUGCUCCGAGGAAGUCCCAUUAAAAUUGUUUCAAUUCUACUAUCCGAGUUUAGGACUUGCCUUACAAUCAGGGCUGCAAAAGCUGUUUGAAUUGAACCUAUAUUCAGUGGUUCGGAAUGUGUUUUUAAUCAUUUCAAAAGCAAUUAAUUUACUUUAUCGGACGCUUAAUCUAGGCCAAUUAGAAUAAUUAUUGUUGUGCGAAUUGGUGAAAUUUAGCAUAUAGAAUCGAUUGUGUGCAGUGUGGCAUUUAAAAUCGGGAUAACAAUUGCUUCUCUGUUCAGUUGAGCCUGUAACCCAGAAACCUGGAACCCAAAAUAUUGGCUUUUGCGAACAACUGGAGAACAACGAAAAGUUUGCAGCCUUGAUUCUAACUUUGAGGGAAUCUAUCACAGUCUGAUUGAGGCACUUGGCUUCCACGCUUAGGUGAUGCGCUUAGAUGUUAGUUGGAAAGUAACUGCUAUUUGGAAUUUAUGUUUGCACCCGUUUGUAGAUGUCGAAAUUGUAUAAUUUUUGUUUGAAUGUUUGCCCCAGCCCCUGCUCCAGCCCCUGCCCCUGCCCCUGCCCACCUGAACUUGCCCCAAAAAAAACUUGGUUCAUAGAAACUUUUGCGUUUAUAUAGCACCUGUUUCCCAGGCUAGGUGCGCCGGAUCUCUUCUGCUGCCAAGGCAGGCAUUCCGAUCGCUUGCCAACGGCAACAGGGGAGCCUCGGCGCCGGGGCCGUUAAGUAACCCAUGUAUAUGUGUAUCCACCUUGGUCUACGUCCCAGCGCCGCCACCUCCAAAAAGUGAACCAACCGACUAACCAACCAAGCAACCUACUAACCAGAAACCAAAAACCAAAAACCAGUAACCAGUAAACCAACAUCCCCAACCAAGCAUGUUGUUUGAUCUUUUCGCCUCGUAGUAGUACGCUUAAGUUUUCCGUUGUUACUUUCUGUUGGGGAAUCCUGUGAGAUUCCCUCCGGCUGAGUGGCCUCUGAAGAUCGCAGUCACUUGGAGAUUUAGUUGGGAAUUGUUUUGUCAGCCGGAAGGUUUCAGCCGAACCGAGCUACAUAGAUUAGAAGCAAUUAGAGAUCACGGGAAAUUAGCAAACACUUAAUGAGCCAAAGUAACUGCCAUUUAUCAAAGCAACAUUUUGUUAGGACUUUUUUCAUUUUUACAAUGAAAAUUUAAAUUAAAAUUAAAUGUAAACGUAAAACCAAACAUGAUGCAAUUCAAUAAGAAUUUGAUAAACUUUGUAUCGGUGUUAAGGAGUCGUUUUUAACUACUAAACGGAAUACAUAAAAUAUUGUUGCAAUAUUGAAUCUAUAAGGAUCGAAUACAGAACACAGAAUUCAGAAUAUGUCUUAACCGUGGAAUAUUGGAACAUUGCCAAGUGACUGCUGCAAAUAAUUAGCAAUAAAUGAAUGCGUUAUUGAAAUUGAAACGAAAUUGAAUAUUUAUACCUAGUUGUAAUAGUUGAAGAACAAAACCGAACAAACAUUUCUCAGACAGAAGACGGAAGAUGGAAGAUUUUUGGGGGGAGGUGAAAAUCGUGAAGCGUAUUAGGUAAUAAGCCAGCUUAAAGAAUAUCCAAGGCUUUAAAUCUUGAGCAUUAACAAUAUUAUGAGUUCCUUUUAUGGUUAAAUUGCAUUGGCGCGAGGUUAUUGAAUAGGUAGUUGAAAGUAUACAUUAUAUAUUAUAUAUAUGAACAUGUAAGCGAGUGUUAAGCAAAGAUGCAAAAGCAAUUUAUAUACUUAUAUAUACACAAUAUGUAUGGUUAAAUGUUGGGCAAUAAAGUGUACUCUAGCGUAUGUUCAAAAUUGAUCUGAUCUGUAUGAGAAUGUUAGGGGAUCGUCAUCAGAUCUGUAACUGUAAUAUGUAAGAACUAACCCGAUGUUUCAGGCAGGGCGCGAGACCUACUUGCGUUCGCGAUCCUGGACUAUUAUUGGAAUCAUUCAAAUAUAUGCAUAACCCCGAACCACCACCCCGAACACACUUGCCGCCACGGCAAGGAGGCCCAAGGGCUAGAAGCUUCUUCCGCCCACUUUUAGUUUGAUUUUGCCCCGAUUUAGACCUACAACCUCUUGAUUUAUCGCACACUAAUGUGAAACUCUUUCUAUAUCUUUCAACUGACUGUGUGGAAAACUAACAAAACACAUACGAACACAACCCCUUUGCGAAACUAACUAAACCACAAACUCAAAAAUGACCAAAACUAAACUGCAAUUGAGCGAAAGUUGUCGAGGGCCGCUUAAGACUAGAGUAAAAAUGCAUUUUAAGCCUUAAUUGG